AAUUGUGAGAAUAAUAAAAUACAGCAAAAUGAGCUUCAAAGAUAAAGUGGCUAUUGUGACAGGCGCGAGUUCGGGCAUCGGAGCCGCAGUGGCGAUUGCAUUGAGCGCAGAAGGCGCUUCUGUGGCCAUUGUCGGACGAAAACAGGCCAAGUUGGCCGCGACAAAAACGCGCUGCGCCAACGCCUUGGUCAUACGAGCCGACGUUACCAACGAUGACGACGCCCGAAGAAUCGUAGACGAGACUAUCGAAGCUUUUGGAAAAAUAGAUAUUCUUAUCAACAACGCCGGAGGUUCCACUUUCGGAAAUAUAUUCGAUGAUAACAUAAUGACAGCGUACGAUAUGACAAUGGCGGUGAACCUUCGAGCCGUAUUCCGUGUGACGAGCUUGGCUGUCCCCCAUUUGAUAAAGACGAAAGGAAACAUAGUCAAUGUAUCGAGUGUUGCUGGGCAGAGUACACAUUUUGUAUCGGAAGCGUUAUCGUAUGCAGUUUCAAAGGCAGGAUUGAUUCACUUUGGCGCGUGUCUAGCGGCUGACUUAGCGGAACAUGGCGUCAGGGUGAACACGAUCAGUCCGGGACCUGUGGUCACUGAUUUAAUGGAGAACUGCGGGGUGUCGAUAACAUGGGAUAGUUUGAAACCGCUCACGGCUUUAAAUAAGGUAUCAGAAGCGCAGGAGAUUGCAGAUUUAAUAUUGUUCGUCGCCAGCGACAAGGCCAAGUCAAUAACUGGUUCGAACUUCACUAGCGACAACGGGUGGAUGAUAAAGCGUAACUAAGGCACUUUUUUAAGGUUUACGAACGUAUUACGCCGCCGCGCC